AUGGUGAGAACUCGUGGUGCUUCCUCUAAGAAGACCCCUGCUUCUCAAUCCAGGAAGGUGCCCUCUCCAUCGCCACCUCCAUCUGUGUCAACGGCGGCUCCAUCUGUUCCAGCACCUGCCUCAUCUGUUGGAAAGACUUGCAAAUCCAAGGAGCGCAAGAAGGUGUUCUCCCUCUCUCAUGAACACCCCAUGGUGUUUCCAGAUAUCUCAGCUGACAUUGUCGAUGUUGCACCACCAUCUGAAGUGGUGGUGCCCUCUCGAGCCAAGGACCCAUCUCCUCUUCCGAUUGAUUCGAAAUUGGGAUUGGACGCGUCUUCUUCUCCCUUGACUGCUACUAAGAAAAGAUUGAAGGCUCAUCCCCCUUCUCUGUCUUCCUCCGAAUCCGACCCUGAGGAAGAAAAGUCUGAAUCUGAAGCAACCCAUGAUACCACCUUAUCUGAUGAAACGGUUCCUGACAAUGCAGAAUCAGAGGCUGAGUCUGAUGAGCUAGAAAAAGAAGACAUUUUCCCCUCUGAACAAGAAGUCGAAUCUGACUCAGAACCCAUUGCAACUCCUUUGUCAUCCAAGGCUAAAGGGAAGAGACCUAUUUCUGAUCCUACACCUUCUCCAAAAUGUUCAGUCAAGGAAUUCUAUGCCAAUCUUACUAAUGAAAUUAUUGAACCUAAAUCUUCUCUGUAUAAUAAAGUGUUUGUUAGGGGCCAUUGGUUCUCUUUUUCUCCUCAAGAUAUUUCCCUUGCUUUGCAUCUUCCCCUUGAUGUCGAGGAUGAUGAUGAUGUUGCCUCUCUUGACAAGGACACGGUUAUCACUGAACUGGUAGGGCAAAAAAUUGUAUGGCCAUCUAAUACAGUCAUCUCGGUCUCUAAUCUCACCUACACUUAUGCUGUCCUCCAUAAGUUUGCCAGAACGAAUUGGAAGCCCACUUCUCACACCGCCACUAUCUCUUUUGAUAUGGCUUCAUUUUUGUACAAGGUGGGGACCGGUCUUGGUAUAAAUUUGGCUUUGGUUAUUCAUGAUCAAAUCAUUGGGUUUUGCAAAGGUAAUAGGAAAAAGUUGAAUCUUCCUUUUCCUCUAGUUAUUUAUAAAGUGUUGAGUAUGCAGAAAAAAGAUCUCCAACGUGAUCAAGAAGACUUGGUGGCUCCCACUACUGCUGCUUCCUACAAGGCCUCUGCUCCUCCUUCUGAAGCCACUGAUGUUCCAUCAACCAAGAAAGUCAAGCCCCAAUCUCUAAAGUUUUCCUCGAAUGACAUUACUCAUGCGUCCUCCUCUAUUGCCACAGAUUCCGGACUUGUUGCAACAGAAAUAGCUGUUGUUCGAGCCUCUGUUGAUUCUUUGGCUGCUCGAGUGAUGUCAAUUGAAGGACUGCAACGUUCUGUGUUGGAGGUUGUUCAAUCUCUGUCCAAAGAUCCAGUCAUUUAG